AUGAAGCAAUUUCUGAUCUUCUGGGCUGUAUCUUCGGUGGUCGGCAUUAUCACUACAGAGAGAUCAUCAUGUCUGAAACAUGCAGCAUUUUCUUCUACAAACUUUGAGAACAUCCUGAUAUGGGAAACUGAAGCAGAUAUUCCUCCUGGCACUGCAUUUGAUGUCCAGUAUAAACAGUAUGGAGAAAAAGUCUGGCUCAACAAGCGUGAGUGCCAGGGUAUCACACAGCCCUUCUGCAAUCUCACUCAUGAAACAGAAAACUUCACUGAGCAUUACUAUGCCAGAGUGAGGGCCACUGGCCAGAACUACUGCUCCUCCAAGUGGGUGCGCUCAGAAAGGUUUGAACCCAGAAAAGAGACUAUUAUUGGAGCACCAGAAGUGGAGUAUAUUCCUAAAGUGCGUUCUAUAAAGUUUCUUAUACGGCCCCCGUAUACUCCGCUGAGAGGUGAAGAUGACCAGCAGCUGAACAUAGAGGACAUUUAUAGCAGAUUUGGUACUGUUGAUUAUCACCUAACAAUAUUCAACCAAAGGACACACCAAAAGUGGACAAAGAAUGAGCACAACAAAGAAUUUGAAGUUUCCAACUUGGACCCAGACACUGAAUAUAAUGGAACAGUAUACAUAUGUCUCCUUGAGAGAAGCAGCAAAUCCCAAGUAUUUUGGGUUAGAACAUUAGCAGAUAAAACCUGGCUCCUCUACUGUUUUGUGGCACUCGCAUUCUCUGCAGGACUGGUGUUUGCUGCAAUUAGUUAUGUAAUCUAUAAGUACGUCAAGCAACGCAGUGCGCAGCCAAUGUCUUUGGAUUUCAGAGGGAUUUCACCCUUCCAGCCUCUUACACUGACUGUGGAGCAUAUUAUAAAGCCCAUUAAUUUAUCCAAACCUGCACUUCUCAUCCCUGAAGUGCAGUUACCACAGAUCAGCCAGCGUUUGGACCAAGCAUUGGACCCACAACAGUCUUUCAGUCCACCAGAAACUACCUAUCAGCAACAGGCCAGUGUACCAGCAUUCCAGCUGCCCGCCCAGCCCCGCUGCUUGGCAAGCACGUCUCCUCCUGGUUACACUCCUCAAGUAGCUGAGAAAAGCAUUCUUUGUGCUCCAUCCAGCAAAACUCUGCCCCUCAACUAUGGCAUGUGUGUUGACGGCAUGGACUGUGUUGACAAGAGGAAACCACAGCCAAACCAGACGCUAAAGGAAGUUUCUCCAGAUUGUUUUGUUGGUGGAAAGCCUGUAAUCCAGACGCUGGACAAGAGCUGCAGUCAUUGGAAUUACAAAGAACAGAGGCCAGAAUUGUCAUUAUGGGAGAGCAGUGACAUGAGAGAGUCAGCUCUCUUACAGGAGUGCCCUGGGCAAACACAGCAACUGCUGCUCCAGCCUGAUGGGCUGAAAAGUAAAGUGCACAUAUCCCAGCUGCCACUGUCUUUGCUGGAACAAGGAAGCUGCUAUAGACAACAGGGAGCAGAACUGCUACCAUUAUUGUCUUCAGUGAAAGUUGACAGAGACUCUGUUCCAGAAGAUGAAUCCCUGUCAUCUCUUUCAGCAGCUUUCCUCCUCUCAGUCUGUACUAGUAACAACCUCCCUGGAGAGCACAACACAGAAUGGUGGAUGUCACUAGAUUCAUUCUCACAUUCUAAAAGUGAAUUGCAGUUCCCAGAGACUCAAGAAACAGAGAUGUUAACAGCAACAAAGGAACUAAACUGCACAAAACUGAAUAAUGCUGUGUCCCAAGACACUAUCUCAGACCGGGACAGUGGCAUUCCCCUCACUAUGUUGUUCAAAGAUAUAAAUUUAAAGGUUCAGUGGGAGCAAGGUAUGGAGGAGAACACAGAAAUUUAUUAG